CUUUGCUGGAGAGAGAAAAUGUUCGACCGGCGCAGGUCACGGGAUCCGGGCGGUCUCGUGGGAAGAGAGGGGGAACUAAACCCAAUUGGGCCAUGGGAUCACGGGACUGAGGGACGUCGACGGCCAAUUCGGCUGCAACGACUGAGCUGCCGCCCAUUAAUAACCUCCGCCUUAUACAACAUUCCCAUUCCCUCUUUUCCUCUCCCAAUUCCUCUAUAACGCCAAAAUGGGUGGUGGCGGCAAGAUCCCGUACCCCAAGGAAGUCUGGUCUCCCGCCGGAGGCUGGUACGCUCAGCCCGCGAACUGGAAAGCCAACACGGCCAUCAUCGGCGCUGCUGUCAUCGGAAUUGUUGCCGCGACCUGGAGCCUCAGCGCCGAGCGUGAGCGCCGCGACAAGAUGCCCGAGCCCGGCAGAUUCUUUCCCAGUCGCUACUGGAGCAAGCAAAUUAUCGAACACGAGAGACAGCAGAAGAACGAGUCAUAGAACAAUAUCCAGGGCCGGAGAAUACGAAGCAAAGGGAAAAUCCGUGGAAGGGAUUCUAUGAUGAAAUGGCUGGCUGUUUCUGUUUUCAUAAUUCAUUGUGGGCUGUACGACAAUAGAAAAGGCGUUCUUCUAUCAGUUGGUCAAUUGACCGCGCAGGUGUCUCUGGGGAGACUCCUCCAGUGUUCGAUAUAAUCGCUCUGUGUACAGACGGACCCGUUCCGUGAAUUCAGUUUUGUUCCAAAGUUCCUUAGCGUUGUCAGAUGUCGCUGAUAAUCGAG